UAAGUAUUGAAUUUUCCGCCCUGUUUUUACUCUUUUUCACUCCUCACUUCACACCAUGGAAGUAUGUUUACAAUAAACUAGUGUCUUUAAAUAGUUGUAAAAAGAAUUGACUACAAAUUGCUCCUAAAAUAACGCGCCUGACAACUGUACCAUGUCUUGUGUGUUUAUAAUCUUUCAGCACUUUAAAUCCGACAAAACUAAUUGMGAUUCUAAUUAGAAACAAUUGAGAAUCGCCUACAGCGACGAAUUUUAGUGGAAUUUUACUCCACAAAGAAUUUAAAAAUAUCGAAAAAAUGGCAUCACUUAGGAAGGGAUUUUGCGAUCUGAGUCGCUGUUGAUAAAACAAAGGUUAAAUUGUCAUCAUUYUUSUUCACUUGAGUUUUCUUGUAAGCAUUAAUCRCGGUAAAACAAACGUUUCUCACUUGUAAAURGCGCUAUUAUAUCUGACCUUGAUURAAGAAUUUCAAGGGUUUUUGAAAAGAAGAGUAAAUUCUGUGCCAUGCAGACGCGCGWCCAAUAUGGYGGAAAACACUCGAAUGGCUUCCCRAAGCUUUCAGCCAAUCAGCAACGUAGAAAAGACUCUCUYGUCCAAUCAGAUCCACUGUAUAAACAACUCAUCCCAUGCGAUAACAUACUGACUUUCAGAGCGUUUUUGAAAUAUCUCUCUCUUGCUAAGAAUAAUUUAAACAUUUUUUAAACAAGGGUCAAAAUAUCUCAACAAGCGAGUAGUUUAGAUUGACACUAAGAGCACUUUACUACGACGCAACCUUGGGCAAAGUCAAAUUGUCUGGAGAGGAAAACAGAGCGAUAAUUUGCGGCAAUUUUUUCAUCAUUUAAGAAGGAUAAAACAUCACGAAUGAAAAGAAAUAUCAAACUAUUAUGUCAAGCAUUUUGACUCCAGCAUAAAAUUUCAUGAGUAAUUUACGCUCGUUUAAAUAAACAAAACUCUUAAUUUCGCCUGUGUAUCGAUGUUWAAUGAGCCCAAACGAGCAAAACGUUUUAUCUCAUGACUCCAGGCCGGCAUGUGAUGGACGCAAACGACCUGAGCUCAGUCGCCAUCGAGGCUAAUUUGCUGACGGUAAUGAAGAUGAAUUAGAAAGGGGAUCUGUUUAACGCCAAGGACAAAGAAAUCACCGCUAAGAUGCCGCUUAAUUAAUUUCCCUAUCAUGUUGAUCUCAACUCGAUGUACUGCUGAUAAACCCGAAAAACGCGCCUCGAAUUCUACGCUGAUUUGUGCCGAUAGUUGUAUCAAAUUGUCUUCAGGCGUGCGCACGACCCAACGCCUCGCACAAAAUAAUCAAAGUCCACUUAUACUUACAAAGGAUUUAGUCAUCCUUUCAAAGAAGUCCUCCAAAGUUCUCUAAAGCUUUCAAUAAGGGYGAUAAAUUGCGCGCUCUAAACAAAUGUUUGCUUAGCGCAUUUGAGUGCCGUUCUAAUAGUAGCUCUAAUUGACCACGUUUCUACUUUGUAAACAGCAAUUGAUACUUUGUGGGUGGUGCCAUGAUUGGCAGCCCCACGAUUUGUGAAAAGAGAUUACACCGGGUUUUAUAAUAAUAGCCAGAUAAAUAUUAGACACUCAUCAAAGGUACUUGGCCACCAAUCAAUCAAAAUGAUAAUGUACAAAACAUAGACUCCUGACUCCCAUAGGUGCACGAGCUGAAGGAAGGCGGACACACGACGACCCAGAGGUGCAAAUAUCAUUCCCUAACUAUACUUGAAGCUGUAAUGUCUUUGAAACAGAAACCGCAGGGAAUGGACAAAGAAGAGCGUAUGAAACCACCGCAUUCCUAYAUUGCGUUGAUAGCUACAGCUAUCCUAAACUCACCAGAAAAGAGGCUUACUUUGACAGAAAUAAACGAGUACCUCGUCAAGCACUACGUGUUUUUCAGAGGCUCUUAUCAAGGAUGGAAAAAUUCUGUGCGCCAUAAUUUAUCCUUCAACAAGUGUUUUGUGAAGAUACUGCGAGAUCCCGCGAGGCCGUGGGGAAAGGACAAUUACUGGACAGUCAGCUCACUCAACGAUUACCUUCUCUCUGAUGGCAGCUUUAGAAGACGAAGACGACGAAAGCCAAAGAAAAGAGAGAGUGAAAUUACAACAAGACGCGAAAGAUUGCUGUUGGCUGACCAUACAAGAGAAUACCAUAAUGCAAGAUUUGAAGAACCCCACCACAGUCCCCUAGUGCUUCCUCAAUUGACUUCCAAUGAGCAUAGAAUACCUGCAACAAACUCUAGCCAGCAAGCUACCACUUCACCAAAAUUCCGUGGAUCUUUCUCCAUUGAAAGCAUCCURUCUGAUGAMAACCUCGACGAAAGAACGAACUCUACAAUCCMUCCACCAAGGCAUGACCCACCGCCUCAAACUAUCCAAACGUAUCCCUGCAUAAGCUUAGGAGUCCUGCCAAAGRCGCCGRCAGUAAGCUGUCCUCAUUCUMCGCCACGUCCCACAGCUCAUCCAAGCAGUCACAUACCUUACCAAAGAGUUUUGCCGCCAGGUUUAUUGAAUCACACCUGCGAGUUAUGGCAUACAUGUCCACAUUGUGUGCCCCACUUUUGUCAUAGAUGCUACUAAAGGUCUGCUGUAAAAAUAACUGUCGAGAAGUGACGAGAAAUCCAUGGCGCAACAUUGGUCUUCGGCUGUGCCACGAUGGUGGGACUUAAAUGGAGCUUCCUUCUCAGAAAAUACAGUUAAACCGUCAUUUCUAUGGAUAUUUGUCAAUAGAAAAUGAGCAAUCUUUUCAUUGAAGGUAUUUAGACAAUGAAAAGGUCGAACGGAAACACAGAACUUCAACAACAUGGCAGAAGACAUUGUGAACAACAMUCAAUUGAACACGAAAGAAAGUGUUUUUGUACAGUGUUUGUACAUUUUCUUACAGAAACKUAUUGGAAAAAAUCAAGCAAGUAGUUCUUAAAGUUAAAAUAAAGUUUAUUUUACCUUUC